AUGGACCCGGAGAAAAUAUACGAUGAGACGGUCGAGGAUGUCAAGUCCGCGGAUUCCGUGCCAGGUAUAGAUCCAGCGGCAGAGAAAAGACUCCUACGAAAACUUGACAUCCAUGUCGUUCCUAUUCUCAUGUUUUUGUUCCUACUCGCCUUCCUUGAUCGUAUCAAUAUCGGUAACGCGCGAAUUCAGGGUCUUGAGAAGGAUUUGGGGAUGAAGGGACAUGAUUAUAAUAUCGCCCUAUUUAUCUUCUUCAUUCCCUAUAUCCUUUUCGAGGUUCCCAGCAAUCUUCUUUUGAAAAAGAUAUCACCUUCUUGGUGGUUGAGCGGGAUCAUGUUUUGUUGGGGUGUCGUUACAACAUGUCAAGGUGUCGUAAAGAGCUUCGGUGGCCUCGUUGCGUGUCGAUUCUUGCUGGGCUGCAUCUACUUGAUUGCUAUGUACUAUAAGCGCCACGAGUUGCAAUGGCGAUUCAAUGUUUUCUUCAGCGCUAGUAUUAUGGCUGGUGCAAUCAGUGGACUUCUUGCCUAUGGGAUAGCCCAGAUGGAUGGCGUCGGAGGGUACAGCGGCUGGCGCUGGAUCUUCAUCCUCGAAGGUCUACUUACAGUAGUCACUGGAAUUGCUGCCAAAUUCCUCAUCGUUGAUUGGCCCGAAAUGUCUACUUUCCUCAACGAGGAGGAGCGUGCUUUGCUGCUUCGACGUCUAUCUGAAGACCGCGGUGAAGCGCAAAUGAAUCGCUUUGACAAGCCGGCAAUCAAGCGCACAUUCUCAGAUGUCAAGAUCUAUCUUGGAUUCACCGCUAGUGCUAUUAUGUACUUUGGAAUUGUCAAUACUGGCUAUGCAACAUCAUUCUUCACCCCCACCAUCCUCCGCCAGCUCGGCUGGACAUCUGUCCGAGCCCAAGUGAUGAGCAUCCCCAUCUACGUUGUCGCAACAGUCAUCGCACUAGCGACAGCCUUCGUCAGCGACCGACUCCGCCAUCGAUUCGCCUUCACUUUGGCAGGAUGUACCAUCGCCACAAUUGGGUACGUUAUUCUCAUCUGUCAGGAGUCGGUGCCAGUCGGUGCCCGAUACUUCGCCCUAUUCGCGAUCACGGGCGGAGGAUAUAUGACGCAGCCGAUCUUGUUAGGCUGGGUGAGUAAUAACAUGGCUGGGCACUACAAGCAAUCUAUCGCUUCGGCCAUGCAGAUCGGCUUUGGUAAUUGUGGCGGUCUGGUGGCUAGCAAUGUUUUCUUUGACUCCGAGGCUCCAACCUAUGCAACUGGAUUCGGUGUCAGUCUCGGGAUGGUAUGGAUCUGUGGCUUGGCAUGUAUGAUGUUCUUUGGUUAUUUAUACCGUGAAAAUCGACUGCGUGAGCAUGGGAAGAGAGAUAAUCGGUACCAUUGGCCUAGGGAGGAGUUGGAGAAUGCUGGGGAUGAUCAUCCGAGUUUCCGGUUUACUUAUUAA